AUGGUUCACUGGGAUGAAUACGGCGGUCAUUUGGAUCGUGACCUCUUUGUCGAUGCGGACACACUUGGAUCAAGUGAAUUUUCGGAGCCAAAGCAAAAAGGACACAAAGCCAACCAAUCCGUUCAUUCUGAUUUGGUUCCUGUGAACCUUCUGCCUCCUUCCAUUCUGGAUUGUUUGGUCUCAGACGCCUACCAAAUAGAUGAUCCGUCUGCAAAAACACAUGUGAUCACACAUCAGUUGGAAAUUCCGCUGCGUUGCGAACUUGUGUUUCUGGAUUAUGAAGGUCGAUCGGACGGGGAGGCUAUGAAACGAAUCGUUAUUGGGCUCAGACCACAAGAGAUGAUUCUAGUUGGCAAUAACCACUCUGCAAUUGAUCGGCUGGCCUCCUAUUGUCGAUCUGUGAUGCUAUUGAGCCCUGAAUUGGUUCACACUCCAAACAAUGGGGACGUAGUCAACUGCACCAAGGAAGGCGAUAUAUUCCAGGCCCGUAUGAAAGACAGUCUGGUGUCGAGCUUAAAGUUCACCAAGAUUCGUGAUUACGAGUUGGCUUGGGUGGAGGCCACCCUUUCGUUAGAAGACGAUCAGUUCACAAAGCCCACUUUCGCUUCUGUGGACAAUUACGGUCAAUCCGAGGAUGCAGAGAUGUCCGAAUAUGCAGACGAAGCGGAAGCGGAAAAGGUUCGCGUUCCCGUAGUCACUGAUCAGUUGCCAGUUUUGAAUCCUCCCCUUGGUCCAAUCGGGUCACACAAAACAGUGUUCGUCAACGAGCCAAAAUUAUCCGACCUGAAACAGCUUCUCCUUGCGCAAGGCCUGGUGGCGGAGUUUGUUAGCGGCGUCCUUGUUGUGGAUAACUGUGUCGCCAUCAAGCGCUCCGAGGCCGGGAAAUUGCUUCUAGAAGGCCUGUUGUCACGAACAUACUUUGACGUUCGACAAAUCUUGCCGCUAGCCUUGCUAGCUCGUUCGCUCUUACCUCGGAUUGGACCCUUUUUAUUACGCACCAUGAAGUUCACUUUUGAUCAAAUCAUCGACGAUGUUCAGUUGCUCAUCUCGAGAUUGAAAGCUCGCGAAGCCGCUGCAGACAAUUUGCGUCAACAAAUCGCUGAGGUGCAAGCGCAGCUGUCAGGACGCUUGCGAUAUCAAGAAGAAAUGCUAAGUUUCGGUGAACUGUCUGAUAAGCUGUCUAUGCAUCCCAGAGGCCAACUGAUUCUGUGUUUGGCUGCCGAGAACAAACAACUGGAACAACUGCAAAUUGAAAAUCGGGCUCUCCAUAACUCUUUGGACGAACACCAGGCCGCUUUGGAAUUGAUCAUGAAUAAGUACCGAGGACAGAUGUCCAAGAUGAUGCACGCCAACCAUCUCGAGGUGAUGCUCCAGUCAAAAUCUACUCAGAUCGAUCAGAGUCCUUCUCUCCAACCCAUCGGUACGUCAGAUACGAAUCUCGUCACAGCUGAGUUGACCAACGACGCUCACGUUGUCACUUCAGCCGAUCCUUCGCAUUUACCUGCUGUACCCAGUGAGGUCUUUACUGAGAGGAUCUCCACCUUGGCAGCCAUCGCAAAGGAUGUUUGUGACCAUGGCGAUGCUUACACAUCUGAACUGGAGGUCGAGCUGCAACGUUUGCGAUCCGAGAAUGAGGGAUUGCGCGAGAUGCUCAUGAUAUCCUCAACAUUUAAUUCCGACUCAGUGGAUGAUCAAUCUGCUCCAUGUUCUUAUCGAGACUUAUCUAACACCGCGGGGGGUUCCGUUCGAAAUGCAAGCGAAACUCUGCGUGACCCUUCGCGUUUGUCUAAUCAAAGUUCCGUACACAAUUUUAGCGAAUGUACGAAUUUUUCCCUCACUGAACCUCACCGUUUUCAUGGGGGUACUAUGUCUAACAUCAUCAGCAGUGAUGACGAGGAUGUACCAACCAUUGCUGACAGCAGCGAUGAAUUUGCUGGGGAGCUUGACCGUUCGCCAUGAAGUCACUCCUUGUUCCCUGUCCAUCUCAUUGUAAUAGAUCUAAUUUGCUUUUUUGACCAGUCAACCACUUCCCUGAAUGUGAGUUGUGCACUCAGGUCUGAUUCCACUUGUUCUCCAUCCCCCUUGCACUAACGCAUUAUGCUGGAGCCGUCAGCGCCGUAGCUUUUCCUCCUUGUCCAUUCCUCCGACUUUGUUGGAUUUCAUUUUGGCUGCUCUCAACUGUGGACACACUGUGGAUUCUUCCGAUCUCCCCCAUGCUCCACGCAGUCUGUGCUUGUUUGUUCAGCGUUUACGAGUGGCUAUUCGUGGUUUUGUUUUACCCACUCAUGCGCUUUUAACUGUGCGGUUAUUCAGUUCAUCAAAUACUCCUGCUCCUUGUCAUCUCUUGUGACCACCCUAGACACAUGUCUUUUAUGCGGAUUUGUUGGUCCCA